AUGGAUAAUAUUGAUAGGUUGAGUGCCCUUCCAGAUGAUUUUCUCUACGAAAUUCUGUCACUUCUUCCUGCAAAAGAUGCUGUAGCCUUCUUAAUUGUAUCCACCAAAUGGAGAAAACUAUUCACUUCAGUUCCUGAUACUAAUUUCUGCGUAAAUGGACUGAACGAUCCUGAUGAUCCUGAUCCUUGUAGUGUAAGGAGUUUCCGGGACGAGAUACAUGUUGGUUGUCGAAUACUUGCACUUCGAACUGGUGCUCCUUUAAGAAAAUUUCAACUUCAUAUUAAACAGUAUGUGGGAAGGUUUGCGUCUGCAGUUGAAUUGUUUAUAUUGAAGGCACUUGCGUGUAGAGUCCGGGAACUUGACAUUCAUGUGGGAAUGACAGAUAAAAGCCGAUCAAUUCCUCCUGAAGUAUUCACCUGCAAAACACUCGUCACUUUGAAGUUGACAAGGGAUGUGGAUUUGGAUUUGAUUGUACCUAAUGCAAUUUGUUUACCGAAUCUUAAGGUUCUGCACUUGAGAGGGGAAAUGAGAGUGGUAGAUGGAAUCUGUAUUCAACGACUUAUCAAGGGUUGUCCUUCGCUGGAAGAACUGAACUUAGUCUUAUGCCGUAUGGAUGAGAGUGAUGAAGAUCAAGUAAUUGAUUUCUCUAGUCCUUCACUGAAAAGAUUCACACUUGCCAGUUUUAAUUAUGGGGGCCUGUUUGAUUUCGUUUUGGAUUCAAGCCAACUUGAAUAUCUGGAAUUCCACCAUGUUGGGAAGCAUAGGUUCACAUUAGAUGCCCCAAACCUCAGCUAUCUAAAUUACGAAUGCAAUGCUGUUGAGAGGAAGGUUGCCAACUUUCAGAAUUUAACCAUUCUGCAGCUUGGACCUUUUAAUUAUGAUGGUGUUGAUCAUGGGCAUUUGUGGAAAAUGUUACCAAGAUUACUUGAAAGUGCCCCAGACCUUGAAGUACUUAUCCUUGGUGAGGCGUUUGGGAAUGUCUUCACUAGAGAUAGGGAGUUUGAGGUUUUUUUGCCCCUGUGCUUUUCUAGUUUUGAGGUUUUUUUGCCCCUGUGCCUUCCUAGUUGCUGCCUUGAUCGUCUUAGGGAGGUAGAAAUCAGAGAGUUCAACAAUGAGGAAUAUGAAUUCAAGCUAGUCAAGUAUAUUUUGAAGAAUGGAAAAUCUUUGAAGAAGAUGACUAUUGGUGGAGUUAUAAAGGCUAUGAAAUCUUCAGAAAAAUGUUGCAAGAGGAUAUCAUCAUUCAAUAAAAGCUCCCAGGAUUGCCAGAUUGUAUUCAACUAG